AUGCUUCAUGUGCUAACCUUAUUUUUCCAUGGAAAUUCGAAUGGAAAAUGAGUCUCUAUUAUUAUGAAUUUACUACAUUAAUCUAAUCAAAGAAAGGGGCAAAAUGAAGUGACAGUUAGUUAAAAAGAGAUGAAACCUGAUGUUUAACAUGCAUCAUGUCGCACCAAUUAGGGCGAGUGGUUUCAGAGAUUUUGCACCAAUAUUUUGGUGAAAUUGUGCAAAAAGUUGGACAUGAUUUGUUUAUUUACGGUAGCAAGCCAAUUCCUAUGAUUGUGAAGACUACUGGAUUACCACGUAAACAGGUAGUUGAGAGUUUGCGCACACUAGUUAAAUUUGAUUUGGCAUCAUUUGAGCCGUCCUUCAAUGAAGUAGUUGCUGAUUACAAGCUGAAUCCUGACAAUGUGCUACUUCUCAUCAGAUAUCCAAGAUAUCUCCUCCAGAUCAAAACAAAGUUUGGUUCGGAAGCUGAAAUAUUAGUAGAGGAACUCUUGCAGCAAGCAUCAUGUACUGCAAGUGUGUUGUUGGUUACUGUUGCUGCCAAAUAUAAAGAUGAUAAGGAGAAGAAUAUAACAUUAGUGAAGUUACGAGACAUAUUUAUUAGUAUAGCGACAGCUAGAUACAUACAGCAAGCACCAGUGGCUGACAAGAGCGAGGUACCUUCACUAGAACCUGUGGCUACUAUUGUACCAGACAUUGAUAUUAGACAACUAGCGCAGGCUAUGGCAACAGAUACACUAGCCGACGUUAAUGAUAAUAUUUACUGGAAAGUAAAUUUUGAUAGAUUCCAUCAGGACUUCAGAGAUGACAUCAUGGUGAAAGCCAUUACUCGCAGGAUAGACGAGAAUGCGGGUGAGUUGAUGCAUCUCCUGUUGCAACAAAUGUAUCUGACAUCUGCGGAGUGGGCAGCCGGGUCCAACCCCACGCCAGCGUUAGAUCUGCGCGAUGCUGUUCACCGCACAGAUCGACCUGACUGCGACCGCAAGCUGCUGCAACAGUACAUGGACCACUAUCUCAGAGUACUAGAGGAGAAUGGUGCGGGGUUUGUGGUGCGAGUGGGCGAGGCGGGCGGGGGACAGUACGUAGUGCGAGGACGUCACGCCGCCACACAGCUGCUGCUCGCUGCACUCGACCACACCGUCACCGAGAGACUCGGCUCUAAAGCUGCCAGGAUAUUCAGAUUAAUUCGAACAAAAAAAUAUAUAGAGGAAGAUGAUAUACAGAAGCACGCGAUGUUACCUAACAAGGAGUGUAAGGAGCUUACAUACAAACUGUUGGAGGAACAUUUUAUUAGCAUACAGCCGAUGCGCAAGGCGGCGUCUUCUGGUGCAAUGGCCAAAGCUGUUUACUUGUAUCAUAUUAAAUUACACGAUGUAGCGCAGAGUCUGCGCGAGAUGUGUUACCGCGCACUACACAACACACUACGACGGGGGCAGCACACGCGCGCCGCACACGCCCGUCUGAUGGACAAGCAGCGCCGCGUGCGCAGCAUUGUGCACAGCAUGCGCGUGCGCGGGGAGCCGCAGCAACACAUUGAUGACGUGGAGGAGACUCUGACACCGCCGGAGCUGUCUACAUUAAAAGACGUGGAAGCGCGCCUCAAGCAGUUGAGCGCUGCACAACUUGCUAUCGACAAGAACCUCUUUAUCCUCAACUGGUACUUCAUGUACCCGCAUUGAGAACUACCCUCAAAUUAGUGUGACAACUCAAGAUCAUCUGCGCAGUGAGUCUCAGUAACUCAUGCAAUGUUCCGAGCAACCAAAUUAUUUAAUUUCUCCUCUAUAAAUGUUAAUAAAAGUGAAAGUGUUAUCAUUUAUAUGAAAUGAUAAG